CGGCGGAGCGCGGGCGACUCUCGGGGCUUGCCUCCGCGCCGACGAUGCGGCCAUGGCUCCCGCUGGGCUCCCUCCCGCCUCUCCUGCUCGUCGCCUCGCUCUCCUUCCCGCUGGGCCACUUUUGCCCGGCCGUCUGUAGCUGCCUGGACUACCACACCGUCGACUGCCGCGACCAGGGGCUGCCCGGCGUGCCCAGCCCGUUCCCGCUGGACGUGCGCAAGGUCCUCAUCGCCGACAACCACAUCCGAGCCAUCCCGGCCGACUUCUUCAUCUUCUACGGCGACCUGGUCUACCUGGACUUCAGCCACAACGCCAUCGUCAGCCUGGAGGAGGGCACCUUCAGCAGCUCCGGCAAGCUGGUCUUCCUCGACCUGAGCCACAACAACCUGACCCGGCUGGCCGCCGGCGCCUUCAAGUCGGCCGCCCGCCUGAUCAAGCUCAGCCUGGGCAACAACCGCCUCCUGGAGGUGGACGAGGCUGCCUUCGAGAGCCUGGAGCAGCUGCAGGUGCUGGAGCUGAACAACAACAGCCUGCAGACCCUGACCGUGGCCACCCUGGAUGCCCUGCCCAACCUGCGCAGCCUCCGCCUGGAGGGCAACCCCUGGCUGUGCGACUGCGACUUCGCCAGCCUCUUCAGCUGGCUCCAGGAGAACCAGUCCAAGCUGCAGAAAGGUCUCAAUGAAAUCCAGUGUUCAGUCCCUAUGGAGGACAGAAAAAUAUUCCUCAGCGAAUUGUCAGAGGGCAGCUUUAGGGAUUGCAAAUUUAACUUGUCCCUCACAGACCUUAUUAUCAUCAUCUUCUCCGGCGUUGCAGUCUCCAUCGCUGCAAUCGUCUCGAGCUUCAUUCUGGCGCUAAUCGUCAACUGUUUCCAUAGAUGUGCCCCAAGUAAAGAUGAUGACGAAGAUGAAGACAGUGAAGAUUGA